AUGUCAGAACGUUCAGACUGGUCCGAUCAACUUCCUGAAUUUUAUUACGCAUAUAACAACAGGCUAAACAAGGCCACACGUCCAAAGACUCCAUAUCAGCUAUGUUUUAGUCGACAAAAUUUUGCUGUGCCGCUUGAUGAUCAGGUACCUUAUGCUUCUCUUACUAAAGAAGAACGAGACUUUUUAGAGCACGCCGAAUUAGAUGUUGAUGAAAAUGAGUCAGAGGAAGAACUCCCAGAAGUAUCUGUUGAUGUGCUACACUCAUCCUUAACUGAGGCUUCAGGUGGAAACCAAUUCGCCAGUACAAAUCAUAAUGAAGAGGAACUCACUUUACAUGAGGCGAUGAACAUUCUAGACCAUGGCGUAAAUGAAGAACAUGGCAAUUUACCUCCAGAUUGUACCCAGGAAAAUGAUUUUGUAGUGCCCGAACCAUCAUUUUCACAAACUGUUAUUUUGCAAGAAAAUGUUAGUCCAUACUACAAACAAAUGUAUCAGAGAAAGUUUUAUAACGAGCAAAAUAAAGAAAAUGUACCAGUUCAUCCACAGAAUGUAAAUCAAAAACAGUUACCGAUAUUUAACACUGGACUCACCGAUUUUUAUAAACAAAUUCACCGGGAAACAAUUUCAGCUUUUCCACUAGAGCAGUUUUCCGAUGGUUUGAGGGAAGACAUUACCUACUAUCCGGAAGAGGGACAAAAUGUGAUGUACAGACCGAAUCCUGCGAUGAAUAAAGGCACCGCAGUUUUCAGUACAGGAUAUUUCAGGAAAGGGGUCAUAGACUCAAUUUCAGCGUCUACUGCUGGAAAAGUGUAUAAAGUGACAGAUCAAAUUACAGGAUACAAAUUUGAUUUAAAUCGUCAUCAAAUUAUAAAGAUGUGAUAAGGAGAAAAUAAAUAGCAUGUGAAGAGUCAAA